AUGUUUAGAUUAUUAAUAGGGAGGUCAUCAGGAAGAGUUUUGUUAAAGAGACAGGCAGCAGGGUUUUCUAAUGUAGCUAGUGGAAGAUUUUGCAAUGGAGUUUUUGGAAGGACUUUUCAUAGUGGACGUAGAUUAUGCCAGGAGAUUAGAGAUCCAUAUGAAACGUUAGGUGUUUCACGGGAUGCUAGUACUUCGCAGAUUAAGAAGGCGUACUAUAAGCUGGCUAAAAAGUACCAUCCAGACAUCAAUAAGGAUGAGGGUGCGGAAAAGAAGUUCCAUGAUUUGCAGAAUGCAUACGAAAUCCUCUCAGAUGAGAGUAAACGGAGCCAGUACGAUCAAUUUGGUGCGGCAGCGUUUAGCCAGGGAGGUGCAGCUGGUCCUGGGAACGGGGCUGGUGGGUUCCAAGGAGGAUUUGCCGGUUUUGGCGGGUUUGAAGGUUUCGGAGAUUUUGGUGGUAUUAACUUUGAAGAUCUGUUUGGUGCGGCUUUUCGAGGUGGUUCAGGCUCUGGGGCAUCAGGUGCUAGGGGUAGGAAUGGAGCAAAUUUUGUGCGUGAAUAUAAAGGAGAUUCUAUCCACGUACCAUUCAAUGUAUCGUUUAAGGACGCUGUAUUUGGUUUGAAAGGUAUCAAGUUGAAAUAUUCCGCAUAUGAUCAAUGUGGUACAUGCGCGGGAUCGGGACUGAAAAGUGGUGCGAAGCGUUCUUCAUGUUCCAUUUGCCAUGGCACUGGGACGCAAAUGCAUGUACGUGCGGGCUUUCAAAUGGCAUCGACCUGUACCCAGUGUAAUGGUGAAGGAUCUAGCAUUCGCCGUUCUGACCAAUGCAGCUCCUGUCGUGGUGAAGGUGUAGUAUUUAACAGACAGAAGGAGAUAGAUGUGGAUUUACCCCACGGGUUGCAAGAUGGCGAUGUUGUGAAGGUCCCCUCACAAGGUUCCUUCCCUCAUGUUCAAGUCGAUCCUGAAAUGUCCCAUACAAUUCGCACCCGUAGAGGUGAUCUAUUGAUCCAGAUUCGUGUGGAAAGAGACCCUCGUUUCCAAAUUCGUAACAACUAUGACAUUUGGUACACACAGGAUAUCCCCAUAACCACUGCAGCUCUAGGUGGUGUCGUAAACAUCCCAACUGUGGAUGGUGAGCAGUUACGAUUAAAAAUUGCACCGGGUACACAACAUGAACAAGUAGUAUCUGUUCCAAAUAAAGGUGUUCCAAAAGGUCUCACGGCGUCCCGCGGUGAUAUGAAGGUACAGUAUAAAAUAUCCUUGAGAAAGCCUCAAUCAAAAGCUGAAAAAUAUUUGUGGGAAGCAUUGGCUGAUGUUACCGGUGAUAAUACCGCAAAACGUACUGAAAAUCUAGGCUCCUCUUUCUGUGCCCAGAAAUCGUCUGCCAAUUCUACCCCUGAAAAUCCUGAUGAGCCCAGUACCCUUGGUAAACUUGAACGAUUCAUUUCCAAUGCCUUCAAAAGUAUUAAGGGUGAAAACAAAUGA